GCGUAUUAGAGAGGACCUUGUUAAGUACACCUGCGUUUUACAUUUAAUAUAUAAAAUCGCUGUUAUAUAGUAUAAAAUUUUUCUGAGUGAUGUUUUGUGAAUAAAAUUAAAAUGGAGGAACAAUCUGAAAAAACAUUUCUUUUACCUCACAAUGAUACACCAAAAUACGUUUUCAGUGUGGGAAGUUCAUCACCGAGAGUUUACCAACUUAGAAAAUUCCAGUGCUGCAUUUCGACAAUAUGUUUGAGUAUAUUUUUAGCCGUAUUUGUAGGGGCAAUAGUAUAUAUACUUAACUUACCUCCAUCUGAAAGUCCGGAAAUUCCUACAAACUCGACGACUGACUCUACGUCUAUAGAAAACAACUUAAUAUUUUUACUUGCACAACAAUUUCCGGUAGAGGAUAGGAACAUGACAACAAUAAAUGACAAUAACAGUAAAAACAGUGAAAUAGAUGAAAUAAUAAAUAGUAGUUUAAAAGCACUACAAAAUAAAGAUAACAAUGAAAAGAAUAUUCUGUCUUUGCCUUUAAAAAGUCCAGGGCAUCGACACCAAAUGGCUACUUCUACUGGCCAAAGAGCUCGGAAUAUUUCUAGAAUUGGUUUCAUUGAAGAUCACGCCACAAAACUACUACUAAAAAUGCAUCCUAGUUGGAAGUCCAAUAAGAUUUAUUACAAUACAACUAACACAAUUAUUACAAACUUUUGCAAAAAAGCUGAAAUGAACUGCAACCCAUAUCAAAAGUAUAGAUCAUACGAUGGAAGUUGCAAUAAUUUAAAAUAUCCUGGUCAAUUUGGAGUCUCAUUUCAACCCUUCAGACGAGCUUUACCUCCGGAGUAUGACGAUGGAAUUAAUAGUCCAAGAGGAUCUGAGCUUGUCAAAUUACCAUCUGCAAGAACUAUCAGCUUAGUAGUUCACAGACCGUAUUACCGAAGUGACAGAAAAUUUUCAGUUUUGUUGGCCGUUUGGGGUCAAUUUCUUGAUCACGAUAUAACGGCAACUGCUCUAAGUCAAAAAUCUGACGGCAGCUCCAUUUCUUGUUGCCAGAAUUCAAAUUAUAAGUCGCCAGAGUGUUUCCCAGUAAAGCUGGAUGACGGAGAUCCAUUUUUAGAGUAUAAUAUUUCGUGUAUUGAAUUCGUGAGAUCAGCAGCUGCUCCAAAAUGUUAUUUGGGACCCAGAGAACAGAUUAACCAAGUUAGCUCGUAUAUUGACGGAUCCGUUGUUUACAGUGCUGACGAAAAAACUGUAAAAAGUUUAAGAACUCUAGAGAAAGGCAUAUUGAAAAUGUACGUCACAAAUGAAAAUAGAACGCUUUUACCUAUAUCGGAGGAUAUGAAUGAUGGCUGUAAUAGAGAGGAACAAAGAAAAAAUGGCCGUUAUUGUUUCCUAACAGGUGAUGCUCGGGCUAAUGAAAAUCUCCAUCUGACUAGCAUGCACUUAAUUUGGGCACGAAAUCACAACUUAAUUGCAAGGAAGUUAUCCACUGUUAAUCCCAAUUGGAAUGAUGAAACGCUUUUCCAGGAGUCCAGAAAAAUAUUAUCUGCGCAAAUGCAACAUAUUACUUACAACGAAUUUUUACCAAUUUUACUAGGACCCAGAAUUAUGCAAAAAUUUGAAUUAUCACCAAAAGAUAAUGGAUAUUUCAAAAAGUACAACGAAUCAAUGGAUCCAUCUAUUGCAAAUAGUUUCGCAGCUGCUGCCUUUAGAUUUGCUCAUUCGAUAAUUCCAGGUUUGAUGAAGUUGUUGGCCAACGAUACGUCAAGUCCUGAUUACAUAUCCACUCAUCAAAUGUUAUUUGACCCGUUCAAAUUAUAUGACUCAGAAACAUUAGACAAAACCAUUCGAGGGGCUAUGAAUACCAGUAUUGAAGCAACUGACUCAUACUUCACUAAUGAGCUGAAACAACGAAUGUUUGAAAAACCGGAUGAAGUUAGAAAGAAUCCCAAAAUGUGCGGAUUGGAUCUGGUUUCUUUAAAUAUACAAAGAGGUAGAGAUCACGGUUUACCUCCCUACAUUAAGUGGAGAAACCACUGUGGUUUGCGACAAGUAACAAAUUUCGACGAGUUAAAAUCGGACUUCUUCACUGAUUCCUGGUACAAUGUCAAGUCAAUUUACAAAUCUGUCGACGAUAUUGAUCUGUACACCGGAGCACUCAGCGAGAUUCCAUUAGAAGAAAGCAUUUUAGGUCCAACGUUGACGUGUUUAAUUCUCGACCAAUUCGUAAGGCUGAAAUACGGCGACAGAUUCUGGUACGAAAAUCCACACACCAUACAAACAUUUUCAGAACAACAACUUAGGGAAAUACGAAAAACUAGCUUGGCAGGCAUCAUAUGCGAUAAUACGGAUCACAUAGAUAACAUUAAUCCGUUUGUGAUGGAAAGGCAGAGGAAAGGCAAUGAACAAAUUUCUUGUAAGGAAAUUCCCAAACCCAAUUUUGAAUACUGGAAAGAGAUACACGGUGAAGUGUCAGUGCCGCAUAGUUUUUUAAAUGUUAUUAAUAAAAAAAAUAAGUAACAUUUUUGGUUGUAAUUGUCGAAUAGUUGAAUAAUAAAAUAACUUAUAUUAAGU